AUGAAACAUCGGUCAAGCGUGCUGAAUUUUUCAAUCCUUCGUUGUUUAUUUCAAUCCAUCGUCUACGCAAUUAUUAGCAUAGUUUCAGUUCUUCUGAUAGUGCUGAGAUCCUAUUCGGUUACAGCCUUCGGGUUAAAGACAACACAGAUUUUCUUCAAACAAAUUCUUAAUAGCAUCUUGCAUGCUCCAAUGUCUUUCUACGACACUACUCCAUCAGGCCGAAUUCUAAGCAGGGCAUCCACUGAUCAGACAAAUGUCGAUAUCUUCAUCCCGUUGUUCGUUAAUUUUGUGGUGGCCAUGUAUAUUAAAGUCGCCAGUAUCAUCAUAGUCACUUGCCAAAAUUUAUGGCCGACAACUUCUUGUUUGGUUGAACCUUUGGUAUCAGGGUUAUUUUCUUUCUACUUCUCGCAAGUUAACUAG